CAAGAAUGCACUGCGAAUUUUAUACCUACUUCCGGCAUGGGUGUGUAGUGUAGUCUUUCCAGUUCAAGCUCAUCGAAGAAAUGGAUGACGGAUUUAUGCUUUUUGCUGAUGAUAGGGCGGCAGAGCUGAAGGUCCACUGCCCUCUCUGUAAGAAGGUGUACAUCGAUCCAUUUAUAUCUACCUGUGGGCAUACUUUCUGUUUAAAAUGUAUCAAAGAUAACGCAGGGGAGUGUCCGCUUGAUGCUAUCAAAUUUUCACCAGUUGUCAAAAAUAUCGCUGUUUAUGAACAAGUUGGUGAACUAUUGGUCCAUUGUUGCUAUGGUGUUGUUCUUAAAGAUGGCCAUGCCCAUCCUGUGGUCGAUACAAAUGGUUGCCAGGCAGUCAUUAAAAUCAGCGAAAAACACGAACACGAAGAAAAUUGUGAGUUUAAGCCAAUCUCCUGCCCUAAUGAUGAAGAAUGUCCGAAAAUGUUUAGAAAG